GUGAGUUGUAAAAGUAUGGACUUUUGGUCCCAUUUAAACUAUGGUUGAUAUCAUCAACCCUUACUUUAUCAGGUGCUGUAUACACAUGUUAACUCGUUCCCACUAUUGACAUAAAACAAAAUUUAACAUUUUACAAAGACAAAGUGUGGAUUAUUUAUUUCGAAAACACGUCGGUUGAGUGGAGUAUUGACCUAUAUGUAAAUGUGAAGAUGUUUCUCGUGCUGUUAGUCUCAAUUAUGGGAGUGGAUGCAGGCGGUGUUCCACCAUCCAUCAGCGUGCCCCAGGGAAAUAAUUGGCCAAAACCUGUCAAGUACAUCCGGUCUGGCUCCAGUGACCAAAUCGAAUGUACAGCUUAUGGCUCUCCAUCACCCAAGUAUCGAUGGACGGUUGAUGGCAGUCCUGUGAAAAACACUGUUAACUGUGUCGAGUUUAGUGAAAGUAAUGGGACAUUGUCCAUAGGUUCAUUGUUCUCACCGUCUGAUUCUGGGAAUUAUUCCUGUGUUGUCAAAAAUGACUAUGGGGAAAUCAUGACUCCUUAUCUUCAAUUAAUCAGAGCUGAUUCUAGCAAUCAUUUUCGUGGUCACCAGAAUACCCCUGCAGAAACCAUUAUGUUGAAUCUGUACAACCACUAUGCAAUGGAGUGCAAAAACAAGCCUUCCAGCAUACCCCCACUUGAGAUUUCAUGGGAAAUUGGCACUAUGAUUGGUACUACUUUUUUUCUGUCAGAAGAGGUCAAACCAUCCGACCGUCUUGUAAGGCAACCAGAUGGUACCCUUCAUUUUCUGUGGUUGACUUCCGAAGAUAGCAAACACUUUCGUUGUGUUGGGACAAACACAGUCAACGGAGUGACUGUGUUAAACCCACUGACCAUGAAGCUGAAUGUUAAUACAGGUCAAGGAAAUAACCGUGCCCCAGAGAUUAAAUAUAACGAUGAUGUUACAGUGAUGGCUGGGGAUGAUGCUUUACUCACAUGUAUCUUCUCCUAUUACACAAAGACAGCAGGAGAAACUUUCAGGAUAGACUGGCUGCGUUUGAACAAGGUAGUGGGAAAUGGCACGACUUUGACUCUGCCCAAGGUAAAGGUUCCCGAUAACACGCAGAGUCAGGCGGGAGAAUACCUGUGUGAGGCCCACCUUGGGGAACUGCAGCCUGUACGAGCUAAAGUCAGCCUGAAAAUCACAUCGCCACCAAAGUUUGUGCCUGGUGAGCAGCCGGUCGCCCUGUCCUCUCCUGUAGACAAGGAUGCCACGUUCCACUGCAGGGCCACAUCACACAACACUUACCAGGGGGCGCCGGUAUGGAUGAUAAAUGGGAAACCUCUCAUUGGUAGGGCCACUUACUUUUAA